GCCCGGCUGUCAGUGAGCAGUGAGGUGCCAGCCCGCAGCAGCAGCAUCACCGUCACCAGGAUGGCAGAGCAGACCGAGUCCCCGGUGCCCAGCCAGCCCCCGGCGCAGCCCCUCGGGUGGCCCAUCUGCAGGGACAGCUACGAGCUCCAGGAGGUCAUUGGAAGUGGCGCCACAGCGGUGGUCCAAGCAGCACUAUGCAAACUCAGACAAGAGAGGGUCGCCAUAAAGAGGAUAAACUUAGAGAAGUGCCAGACAAGCAUGGAUGAGCUACUUAAAGAAAUUCAAGCCAUGAGUCAGUGCAGUCACCCCAAUGUCGUUACUUAUUAUACCUCUUUUGUGGUGAAGGAGGAGCUGUGGUUGGUUAUGAAAUUACUAAGUGGCGGUUCCAUGCUGGAUAUUAUAAAAAAUGUGGUCAGCAGAGGUGAACAUAAGAACGGCGUGCUAGAAGAGCCAAUUAUCGCAACAAUUCUUAAAGAAGUCUUAGAAGGGUUAGAUUAUCUACACAGGAAUGGGCAAAUUCAUAGGGACCUAAAGGCUGGAAAUAUCCUUUUAGGAGAAGAUGGAUCAGUACAGAUAGCAGAUUUUGGUGUUAGUUCAUUUUUAGCCACAGGUGGCGACAUGACAAGGAACAAAGUAAGGAAAACUUUUGUUGGCACCCCCUGCUGGAUGGCUCCCGAAGUCAUGGAACAGGUUAGAGGUUAUGACUUCAAAGCUGAUAUAUGGAGUUUCGGAAUUACAGCUAUUGAACUAGCCACGGGUUCAGCUCCUUAUCACAAGUAUCCUCCGAUGAAGGUACUAAUGUUGACCUUGCAAAAUGACCCUCCAACUUUAGAAACUGGUGUAGAAGAUAAGGAGAUGAUGAGGAAAUACGGGAAAUCUUUUAGAAAGCUUAUUUCACUCUGUCUUCAGAAAGACCCAUCAAAGAGGCCAACGGCAGCUGAACUUCUGAAAUGUAAAUUCUUCCAAAAAGCAAAGAACAGGGAAUAUCUCAUAGAAAAACUGCUCAUCGGUACACCAAAUAUCUCUCAGAGAGGAAAAAAGGUUAGAAGAGUUCCUGGCUCAAGUGGUCACCUCCAUAAAACAGAAGAUGGAGAUUGGGAAUGGAGUGACGAUGAAUUGGAUGAAAAAAGCCCCGAAUAUAAAGACUCCUUAUCCAAAGAGAAGCCAAGAAGAAUUAAUGAUGACAAUGAAAAUGAAGAGACUUUCACAGACAGCGAUACACAGACACGGCUGCAAAAUCUGAACCUACAGGCACAAUCCAAUGAAAGCUAUCUUGAAAAUAGACCUCCAUCUGCUAUUAACCUUGUUCUAAGAUUAAGAAAUUCCAGAAAAGAACUCAAUGAUAUACGGUUCGAGUUUACUCCUGGCAGAGAUACAGCAGAUGGUGUUUCGCAGGAACUUUUCUCGGCAGGCCUUGUGGACGGUCAUGAUGUAGUUAUAGUUGCUGCUAAUUUGCAGAAGAUGAUAGAUGAUCCAGCGUCAUAUAAAACACUGACAUUUAAGUUGGCAUCUGGUUGUGAUGGGACAGAAAUUCCUGAUGAAGUCAAGUUGAUUGGUUUCGCUCAGCUAAGCCUCAGUUGAUUAACUGCAGUGUGGCUCCUGACAGAGUCCCCUUAUUUUUGGCUAUCCAAGAGGAGAGAAUUAAAAAAAAAAGGGAUAAAAAUAGCAAUGUACAAGAUUUGCUUUAGAUAUAGAAAUUCAUAAAUUUCACAAGGUGAAAUCACGACUGUAAUCACUGCUGCUAUCCAAAAAGAGAUUUACCAAUGUCACUUAGCAAUCAAAUUUGCUGACUCCCUGUACAAAGCAAGAAAGGAAAAAAUGCACUUGAUAACAGCUCUAUUUAUUGGUUACUUCUGAUGUGUCAUUUUCUAUAGGGUGCCUAUGUCUCCUCUCCCUGUAAAUUCUCCUAUAUUUUAAUUGUAGUGUUUAUUAACAAAACUGCCUAUUUUCUGUAUUAUUUUAAAAUGAAUAUUCUGAAAAACAAACAAACAAAAAAAUAAUAAUGUUAGCCAAACUUGAAUCCUAGAUAUAUAAAGUGAAGUUUAUUUUCAUAUAUUUCUAAAUUGCACAUCCGGUGGAUACCUGAGGUUAAAAGCUAUGGACACCUUUUGGGGGAAUUUUUUACUCAUUUUGGGCUAAAACAUUGUUUUAUAUUUUUCUUUCAAUUUCAAUAAUUUUUCCUCUACAGCUUUCAUUUUUAGAGCAUCUUGUUGCUCUCGGCAUCACAGUGAAUCCAUCAGAGAGCCGCUCUGAUGGCUUAAUGUGUAGCCCUUAUCUCUGAACUCCUGACUGCUCAUAAUCACUCAUUUUAAGCUGAUAGGAAUUUAGCUAUAAUGAGUGUUUAUGAGCUGUUAGGGAAUUAGAAUUAAGAGCCACAGGUCGAGCAGUCAGAGCAGCACUUUGAUGGAUCACUGUGAAAUAAAAAGCAGCAAUCUGCAGAUGUCCUGAAAGGGAAAGCUGUAGAGCAGGGAUGGACAACCUGUGGCUCUCUAGCUGUGCCCUGCUGUAGGCUGGUAGCUGUAUUCAGUCUGGGCAUGCUGGGAGUUGUAAUUUUGCAACAGCUGGAGAGCCUCAGGUUGUCCAUCCCUGCUGUAGAGGAAAGACUGUUAAAAAUGUUUAAUAAAGACUAACUGAAAAAAAUAUAUAUUUUAAGCUCAAAAUGAGUAGAAUGCAAUGCUAUAAGAUUGCUCCCAAGGGUGUCUAUAGCCUUUAAGUUGUUUGUGUAGUGCAAGUAAACUAGUAUACAAUCUUCAUAUUUGAAGUGUCAUUAAAGGAGUUCUGCAAGAUAAAAAAACAAACAAACAAACACAUAGCUGCCUUAUUCCCAAAACAGUGCCACGUCUGUCCACAGGUUGAGUGUGGUAUUGCAGGUCAGCCUUAUAUACUGUACUUCAAUGAAGCUGAGCCGUGAUACUAGACAUAACCCAUGGACAGGUGUGGUGCUGCUUCUAGAAGAAAACAGCCAUGUUUUCUAGUUCUUAGAACUCCUUUAUGCCUCUAGUCCUGCAGCAGAGUGAGGUGAGGGCAAUAAACCAAACUUCAAUAUUACACUUAUGGUAUAUCUGUGGCCUAUUACAUGCUUUAUUUGGCUAUAGGAUAUUAUGAUAUUGUGAUCUGUUACCAAUCAUAGACUUAGACCUCAUGCACAUGGCAGAGCUGUGUGCGAGUCUGUAUGGUUGCAUGGGGAGUUCCUACAGCUUCACAGUGACACCGUAUGGUGCCUCCAUUUUACGGAGGUAUUCUUCCCUGCCAGCAGUGAUUUUAGGGGAGAAUGUUUCUUUAAUAAGUCAUAUACCUAAUUUACAUCAUUUACAACAUCAUUUAAAUCAUUGUAAUAAAAAAGCUGCCUAAUAAUUUCCCACCCCUUAACCCAGUGAAAUUCCUUUAAUCCAGCCCAUCUAAUCAUCUAAAUCCUUAUUACCAUAUGUAGAAUUUCCAGAAGCAGAGACAACCAAAUGAAACCACAUUUUAGCCUUUAAUGUUGAAUUAACAUUUUAUUGUACUUUUAGGCCCCUUUCACACGGGCGAGAUUUCCGCGCGGGUGCGAUGCGUGAGGAGAACGCAUUGCACCCGCACUGAAUCCGGACCCAUUCAUUUCUAUAGGGC